ACUAUGGUGAUUUCAGUCAGAAUGGCUUUUCCUUUUACUGUCAUCUUUACUCUCAUGAUUCACGGAGUCUUCAGUGCUGAUUGGGGUGUGAGUUACAGUCAUUCACACAUCUGUGCACUAAAGAACUCAUCAGUGAUAAUGAGCUGCACUUAUACAUACCCUACUGGAUCUCAGAUCAUGAACGUGUUCUGGACCAAAUCAGAUGAUGAUGAUGAUGAUGAUGGUGAUGGUGAUGAUGAUGGUGGUGGUGGUGAUGGUGAUGAUGAUGGUGGUGAUGGUGAUGGUGACGAUGGUGAUGAUGAUGAUGAUGAUGAUGAUAAUGUUGAUCUGUCUGAGGAUCCUGAAUACAGUCAGAGGCUUCAGUAUCUGGGAGAUAAACAGCAGAACUGCACCAUCAGACUGAAUCAUGUGACACAGAAAGAUGAACACAUGUACUAUUUCAGAUUCAUCACUGAUAAACCUGAUGGAAAAUGGCUUGGUAAACCAGGAGUGAGUCUUACUGUCACAGAUCUUCAGGUGGAGUCUCCUGAGAGAGUGACAGAGGGAGAUUCAGUCCGUCUGACAUGUAAAAGCAGCUGCACUCUGACUGACAGAGCAACAUUCAUUUGGUACAGAAACUCACAGCCAUUAACUGAGAGAAGAGACAGAAACAAUGAACUCCUGCUGCAAUCAGUCAGAAGAGAGGAUGCAGGCAGAUAUAGCUGUUCUCUACAUGGACACACUUACAUCUCUCCUGCUGUUCAUCUCAAUGUCACGUACCCUGCAAAGAACGUCUCAGUGUCCAUUAGUCCAUCUGGAGAAAUAGUGGAGGGAGAUUCAGUGACACUGAUCUGCAGCAGUGAUUCAAACCCACCUGCUCUGAACUUCAGCUGGUUUAAAGGAGAAGUGUGUGUAGGAUCUGGAAGAAUCUACAGCAUCUCAAACAUCAGCUCUGAUCACAGUGGAGAAUACAAGUGCAAGUUCAGUAAUGAACAUGGAGAGAAAUACUCUUAUUCUGUGGCUUUAAAUAUCAUGUAUCUUCCAAAGAGUGUCUCAGUGUCCAUCAGUCCAUCUGGUGAAAUAGUGGAGGGAGAUUCAGUGACUCUGAACUGCAGCAGUGAUUCAAACCCACCUGCAGAAAUCAGCUGGUUUAAAGGAAAAAAGUUUGUAGGGUCUGGAAGAAUCUACAGCAUCUCAAAGAUCAGCUCUGAUCACAGUGGAGAAUACAAGUGCAAGUCCAAAAAUAAACAUGGAGAUAAAUACUCCAAUGCUGUGACUUUAAACAUCAUGUAUCCACCAAGGAACGUCUCUGUUAAAAUAGAGGGAGAUUCAGUGACUCUGAUCUGCAGCAGUGAUUCAAACCCACCUGCUCUGAACUUCAGCUGGUUUAAGGAGGAUGAAUCAGCUGUUGGAUCUGGACAGAGUUUCAGUGCACUACAGAGUGGACGCUUCUACUGUGAGGCUCACAAUCAACAUGGAUCUCAGAGAUCAGAUGCUGUUACUGUCAUUGUAAAAGGGGGAGAUAAUCGAAUCCUGUAUGCAGCUGUUGCGACUGCAGUCGGAUGUGGAGUUUUAUUUCUUAUCUGCAUCAUGUUCAUGAGGAAGAGUAAACGUGGAGUGUCAGACGUCAGUCAGAAGCAGGUUCAACAACCUUCCAGCUCUGAUAGAAACCACUGUAAUGAUAGUCUGUAUGCCAGAGUUGUACCCAAGAUACUCAGAACAGAUCAGACUACAAGAAAAACUCCUGAAUCCACAGAAUCUGAGAAGAUCAAGUACACGUCUGUCCAACACGGCAGACACGAAGAAAGCGAUUAUGAGAAUCUGACAAUGCAAUAUCCUUAUUCUGCUGCGAGAUAUGGUGCGAUGGUGGGUAAACCAGUGAUUUACAGCACAGUCAAAUAAGCCAGGACCUGUCAAAUGGAUUGAAAAUGAAGCUGGACUCCAGCUGAGUGUAAAUAUACUGCAGCUACUGCAGAUUUGAAUCAGAUUUUAUAAUAGUAGUUUAAAUGUUUGCCAAAUCACAUGACAUUUAUUCUUCUCUGUUGACUGUCUGUUGAACAGGAAGUGCUGGUUAGAUAUACCAAUACCACAAACUAGAAAAAAAAAGUCCAUGGUGGUUAUUUACAUCAUUGUAAGACUGUGGUUUAUAGUUGCGUCUGUGUGGGCUAGCUAAGCGCCUGUUGAAACACAUGUUUUGUAACAUUUCCAUACAUUUGUGUAAUUUCCAUGAAUUGCAGUCUCAGUGUUACGUUAUUUUGCCAUCAUGUGUCUUAGUCACUCUUCAGUAAGCAUCCGUCCUUUUUUUCAUAUUUCAUAAUACA